UACGUGUCUAAAGUGUUAAGUGAAUAAUGUUUAAUUUAUAAAUAGAUCAUAUAACGGCCAGUAUGUUUCUGAACUGUUUGCUAUUAUUGAUUGGUCUGACAGCGACUUCGGCUGGAAUCCAGAACCUGUUCCCGGAGAUAAAGCAGUACAGCUAUGCGGUCAAAAGCAAUGUCUCCACGGGUUCCUUUGAUGGCGUCUCCUACUGGAGCAUGGAGGGCAAAUUGCUGGUUGUCGUAUACGAUAAUUUCACGAGGGUUCGACUGAAAUUCGACGAUUUGGAGACUUCAACGUUCAGUCCUAACUCCAGAUUCUCAUCAUACCAGUCGGCAGAAGCUGCUAGCUACAUGCAGUUACCCUGGGAGCUUGACUAUAAGGAAGACGGAGUCAUUAAUACCAUGUACAUAGGAGGGGAAGAGCCGGUGUGGUCAAGUAACGUGAAGCGAGGCAUUUCAGCCAAUUUCCAAUUGAAGAGUGAGACAAAUGACGGUUACGCUGAAGAGCCUUGCCUGUACCACAGUUACUGCAACACCAAAUACGUGGUGCUGGGGAAUACUGUCAGGAAGUAUCUGUCCUCCCUGGACAGGUACCAUAAGACGUUCCCUGAACGAUGGAGCUCAGUGCCUUGGAUGAUGAACGACCACCGAUACGCUUUAGAGAGCGUUACCACAGCCGAGCGAGUUUACGAACUGAAUAACAAAGGAUUGAGCAGUAUGACCAUGAACGGAGCUUUCCAGUACAGGACCAAUGGACACGUGCUUUCUGUGAGGACUGAGUUAUCACUGUACCACGAGUCGGAUUACCCACCGGUAACCGUCGAGAAGCUGAACGUGACAGAAACCAGUUUGGAAUAUGUACCAGGGAGUUAUGACGACUGGACGAACGGUAUACGCCAGAUUUCACAGAGCGAACUGAAAAACAAAACGUAUGAGAUUCUUCUCAAAAUUGCAAGAAAGGGUAUUGAUGCAGAUAACAUUGUAAGAAACGCUAGUCUCAUACAUAGUCUGGAUUUUGUUGAUCUACUAAACACAAUAUCAAUUUUGUCAUACAAGUCGCUGGUGAAACUGUUUGACGGACUGGUGCUUGGUACCAGCUAUGACCUUGAAACCGCCAGAAACAUCUUCCUAGAAGUGCUGCCUCAUGCUCGAAGUGAUGACUGCGUGAGAUUGAUCAGACACCUCGUGGUGGAAGAACGGGCAAAAAUCGAAUCAGCGACCCUGUUGUCCCUCAUCCGGAAACUGCCCUUCAACGUGGACGUCAAAAGCCAAGGUCUCCUCGAGGAGUUGGAGACGUUCAGCAAGCUGAGUAUGGACUUCUCGCAGGACGUCAGGCACGCUGGGAUACUGACGUUCGCGAUACUGGUGUCGAAGGUCUACGGUGUGAAGCGGGACUACUUUGACAACAUUGUCGUCAAAUACUUCAGGAUGUACAGUGAAUGCCCACAAUAUCUGGACCGGAUGAUAUGGCUGCAAGGUCUCUGCAACUUGGGCUACUCAGCAGUUUCUUACACCAGCACCAUCUACAGUGACAAGACGCGCGACCGACACGAGAGACUUUGGGCAACCUUGUCGUGCAACUGGAAUUACAGCGGUGAGGAGAAACUACUACCGCUUCUUUUAGACGAGGAAGAACACAUACAGAUCAGGAUAGCAGCACUUAACGAAAUGCUGUUCAACAGUUACGUGGAAGAGAGACUACUCUCGUUCAUUCAUAACUUCAUAUCGACAUCUAGUAGCAAGGAACUACAGAGGUUCUGGUACACGACCGUGAAGAGUUUGGAGAGCAGUGAACACCCUAGAUAUACUCCGAAUCUAAAGGAACUGAUACCCUUCAUUUCCAAAGAAGUUAAGAAUCCUGACACAACGUACUGGGGCACCAACAACUAUAUAGCGUCUAGCGGGAAGCAGGGGCCCUGGAUGCAGAUGAUCAGCGUUGGAGACACGCCUGCUCCGAGCCUUGCCGCACUCACAGUAUCAAGUGCUGGCAGCCUGGUAUACACUGCUUCUUUGUACGUAAUCGCUGAGGGUGUAUCCUCAAAUUUGUACAAGAAGAUGUACAAUCUGAAAGUGAACGACGUGACUUCAGGAAAACUGCUGAGAGUCUUGGAACAGAUGAAGUGGAACUUGAAGACACCUGAAGAGGUCCAUAUAGAUGUGGUAGUCAAGAUCGGCAAGCAUACCGUAUACGCGACGCAUGUGAACCAUACUCUGUUCGAGAGCUGGAAUGAGCAUGACGUGGUGAAAUCAAUAAUGGAUUUUGUUCGUUUCGGCAGCCAUAUUAACCAACAGGUUGUAUAUUACCCGGUGCAGGGCUACCUUCACACGCCCACCGAAUUAGGAACACCGAUUCGUCUCCAGACUUCGGUGGGCAUGUUCACAUCUAUUAGGGGUAACCUGACCUCUUCCCCUGACGUCACGCAAGUCCUAGACUGGGAGAACGACAUGCAUAUAAGGUAUCAGGGCACGACUGUGACGUCACUGUCAACAGCGGCGCCACUGCUACAGUCGGAGUAUACGGCGCGGGUACAACACUCGAUGGUUGCGCAUUUGCCCAUAAAGUUCAACGUCACUCUGCAGACCGACGCGAAAUCGAUAGCCUUAACCUGGCUCAACCCGUUCGCACAACGCGCAGGAGUGGCUCUACAUUCCAGAGUGCAGGUGGAGACAGAUUCAGCCAGCGGGAAGGAUUCCUACACUCUCUCUAACGGCCAAGAAGAUGAUGUUGACGACACCGGCAUCUUUUUCGACUGCAAAAGGAAGACUUCCGGUGCGGAGGUGAUAGAAAAGUAUAUCAUGUCGAAGUUUAUGAGUUACGAUGUCUUACCCAUACAACAAUCAGUUUUAAGCUCGAUCCAGAAGUUCUUUUCGUCUCCCGGAUGUGGCAUAAUCAUCCCCCCAAGUAGACCUACCCAGGGAGAGGAUGAAAUCAUAAAAGUCAGCUUCAACUUAGGGGAUAUCAUCGUUUUCGAAAGGGUUGACCGAAUCGAGGCGAAUUUCGAUUUCGUUUUGAGUUAUUACAGCCGCGAUGACAAAAACAAAGAUGUCUUCUUGAAAAUAGAUUCCAACACAAACAUAAAAUGCGCCGGUCGAAAUGUGACGGUGGAAUGGCUACUGUACGUAAAGCAGCCAUACUCCAUGGAUCCCGGCAAACGAUUCUGGAAGCUCUGUUAUUUCGAGAACGACAUCAGUCACGCCCACGCAGACCAGGAUAUCGCGCUACACCCGGCCUCGUACGAGGGUCGUUCGUCUGUGACAUACCAGUCGACAGCUGACUUCCACAGCUGCUACACCGAGGGAAACGUCAGCAAGAUCAUCCUGGAGUACAGGGGCACACCCAAGAGUAUCAACGGAGAUGUGGAGAGAUAUGUUGAAGUGAAGAUAAAAGGGGAGAAGCUGCACCAGUUUGAUCUACUCCCAGUGCUGGGCAUCGGUGUCGGGACCCCAGUGGCUCAGUUGCUGGGAAGCUUCGAGAAGGACACAAUUGAUACCACCGCCAUUAUUAAGGAGAAGAACGGCAUAGCUUCAAUCAGCUUAAACCGAGGGGUGGAAAUACAGUUCGACUCGGAGAACUACGCGUGGCUUCUGGACAGCUGGACGGCUAUGCAGCUGAUGAAAAGAUUCGGCUUCUACCGUGAAUGCAGACUUCACGGAGGGACUGUGCAGACUUUAUCAGGGAGUGUGGAACAGCUGCUACCUCUACAAUGCGCUGAGAGCCUAGUACUCGCUGAUUGCUCGGAAGCUCCUAGUUCCAGCUUUGUCAUCUUACGACAACAAGAUGGAGGCAUGAAGAUGUACGAGGGCGACCGGAAUACAACAAAACGCGUCAAUUCUGAUGUCGCAACUACUGAUAUUGGUUUUCCAGAGGUCCCGAUCGGAGAUGGAGUGAAGUUCAUAUCGGAAUCUUCAGGAAUUAUAGUUUAUAAGAGAUUCAAUGAAACUGUUAUCCUACUGCCAUCGUUUUACACACAUACGGUUUGCGGCGAGUGCGUCGAGCAAAAAUCACAGACCUGUUGAAUGCUGUUGGUAAAGUUGCAUCAUAAUCGCUAAGAACAGAUUUACGAGUAUAUAUUUGUAGAGUCAAACUUUCUUUAUGCUUUACAAUUAGCGAAUAUAAGAAAUCCGUAAUUCCUUAGGCAUUUCAGCGUUUUCUUUUUACUUUUCCGAAAAAUAAUUUCC